AUGCAGAAGGUGUCCAAGACACUGUUGGAGAGGGCAGAGCGCAGGGCGUUCGCCGUCGUCUUCAGGACCUUCGGCACAGACCUGCCCCGCGCCCUCCGGGCCGUCAGCUGCGCCCUGGCCGGGCAGCACCCCCAGUUCCCCGCCCUGCGGGAUGUGGCGCUCCCUGUGGACCUCACCCCCGGCCAGAUACGCUGCAGCAAGCAAGAGGUGGUGCUGACAAGGGGAGCAGAGCGACUGGCCACCCAGGAAGACGGAAGAAAGCUUUACAACUACUUCAGCUCUUUGGAGGGAAUUGGAGGCUUCCAAGACCACUUUGACUGGUGGGCCAGAAAUAAUUUCUCUUCCCGGGGUGGGAAGCCCCUGUGGAUUGACCCCCACGAUCCUGGCGUUCACCACAUCUUCAUCGAUGACAACAUCCGGCUGGAUGAUGCGGACACCAUUGUUCACCCUCAGGUGUUUUCGGAGCCAGGCAGCAGCAGCCCCAGGUGCGCUCCCACCUCAGAACUGUACGACAUUUGCCUGGUGCAGACCGAUCUGCUGGAGGCCAUCGCUGAUGAGGACUAUUUCCUGCGCUGCGUGAGGAGGUGUGAAGAGAACUAUGACCGCUACCUGGCCUGCAUGGAGAAGGACAGCCUGAGCGAGCGGUGGGAUGGACAGUGAUGCCACCUCGUGGGGCCGAGGGGUCUGGACUGGGACACCUCCUGCUCCUGCUGCCUGCAGGCCAAGCCCCAGGCUGGGUUUCUGCUUCAAGCUGUCCCCUCUCCAAUGUGUGAUGUGCCCGCUUGGUCCUGCCAGGAACCUCCAUGCCUGAGCACAAGCAUCCUGGGAGCUUGUGUGACAGGAUCCCUGGAGGAAAUGGCUUUCCAUUCCUUGAUAGUGCUGUGGGCAGCUGCCUGCCUGGCUGGCAGGGCAGGGGCAAUGCAAGCAGCCACACUAGAGUUCACACCUCCCUCCCCGCACCGAUGGCUGGUGCGGAGCGGGUGCCGGGGUAAGCACAGAAUGCCGUGUGCACUGCCGUGUUCUCCCUGGCAGCGCUAGCGAUGCUGCAUCACUUCUGCCUGUUUUUAAAGCUAUACUUUUCUACCCCGUUUCUGAUGUGAGUUUCCUGCCUGCCCUCGGCUCUGCUGGUGCCGUUGGGUGGGAAGCGCCUUUUCCAGCAGGUUCAGUCACAGGGCUCAGCCAAGUGAGGAUGGAGGUGACAGCAGUGGGUUUGGUACCCACGGGCACCUUCCUGAGGCUGCUGAGGGACCCCGGCAAGGUUGUGCUCAGUGUGGGGCCGAGCUCACCCCAUGUUGGUGACCGACUGGGGCUCCUCCUCAGGGCACGACGACAGCUUCUCCGCUCCGUGAGCCCGGUGCUGGGCAGUGGGGAGCCGGAGGUCUCUCCAGCUGCUUUUCCUGCGGCGGGGUGAGCAGGGUAAGGGCGCAGCGGGCUGGCAGCGGCACCAAGGGCCCCGGGAGGGCCG